UCCAUUUGACCACGUGUGUGGGUUUCCCUCUGACCCGUGACCCACCCCAUUGACGCUCGACCGCCCAAGGCUGUCACAUCCAUAUCCCGAUUGUUAGAUUGUUAGAUUGCUAGAUUGCUAGAUUGCUACCAGUGCGCUUCAUUUAUCCACCCGGAUAGUUUGGGUCCCGAGAGCCGCCGCCGCCUUCACCGAUUCCGCGUUUCGGGCCCCCAUGUCCGCCGCUUCUGCUUGGCCGUUGCGUUGUCAAUACUGCCAGUCCACCUUUAAAGUGGACCUCUUGCCCGCUGGACCUUGUUGUCGAGGGUUCUGUCGCAAGGAGCACGAAGCGCAGGCUGUCCUCACUCCCGCCACCCCCAUCGCGGCGCCCUGUACUUCGACUAGCCCUAAGGUCCAACCAGCCGUCCCACCUGCGGUCCCGUUAUCGCCCACCAUCGGUGCCCACACCCUGGUCUCGCCCCGCCCUCUCACCAUGACCAGUCCCAGUUUCAAGAAGGGCGACUAUUGCCGCGUCCGUCAUCCUCAAACCGGGGUUAUCGAAGAAGCCACGGUCACCGGACUGAGUAGUUCGGGUUCGACGGCGGCUGUGCGCUUUUUGGCCACCCAAAAACCGCUCAAAUUGCCCGCCAAAGAACUGCUGCCUUCGCGGGGUCAGAUCGCGCGUACCGAGGCCUUAGCCCAAGGUCAAACGCUGCCGGCGGAGGCCGCUCCGGAGUCGCACAGCCCCAUUUACAUUGUGGGAUCGGCGUGUCGAGCCGUGUUCUCCCAAGACCAGGUGGAGUACGAGGGCGUCGUGGAGACGGUCCAUGCGGACGAUUCAGGCGACCCAUACGCUACUAUUCGUUAUUGUGGUUACAACAAUGCGGAAACGGUGUGGUUAAGUGACCUUUUACCCUCGCAAGGUCCGACCGCUGUCGCUGAACAAUGUCGGGCUGCUCAAAAAGAAAUGGAUCCGGCCCCAUCCUGGCAAGUGGGCGAUAAAUGCCGGGCCGUUUUCUCUGAAGAUGAUGUCGAGUACGAAGGCACCAUCAUGACGCUCCAUGAAACGGAUGCGGGCGAAGCUUAUGGCUUGAUCCGAUUUGUGGGCUAUGAAAAUGAAGAGACCCAAUGGUUGGUUGAUCUACUGCCCAGCCAAGGCGCCGAAGCCAUUCAAAAACAAAUCCGCGAUAGUCGUCCGGCCGAAGCUGUGACGGCCGCCCCGGUAGCUGGACCGGUGGUCGACCCCAUUGAAAAAUCCCAUCCGCCGGAAUCCACGCCGGAGCCCGAGCCUGAGACUCCCAUUAAGCCGGAUUCCGCGUUGAAAUCGGGUGUGCCUCUGCGAAAUCCCCCAUGGCAAGUGGGUGACCGAUGUCGCGCCAUCUUUGCCCAAGAUGGACGCGAAUAUGAAGGCGAGUUGAUGUCGGUGGAGGCUGACCAACAAGGUGAACCCUAUGGCAUCGUUCAGUAUGUAGGCUACAACAACGAAGAGACCCAAUGGCUGUCCGAGUUGUUGGAAACCUUAGGCGAGGAUGAGAGAAAGAAACAAAUCGAGGCCAGUCGAGCCUCCACCGUCAAAGCCGAGCCUACUUUGUCUCCGCCCUUGCCCAAUCAGGUAGAGCAAGCCGCUGAGGCGGCAGCACCGGUGGUUGUUGAAGUGGAUACCGCACCAGCUUCUGCUGAAACCCGCCAUUCGCUGGCUGACAAGCCUGUCCUGGACGAGCGACCACCCAAUUUUCAAUCGGGCUCGCCUUGUCGGGUCACUUCCAACGAAGAUGGGAGAGACUACGAGGCCACCGUUCUUAAUGUAGAGGAGAAGAAGACUCCUCCCGUGGCUACCGUCGAAAUCAUUGGAUUUGAUCGCGUUGAGCACAAGGACCUGUCUCAACUCUCGCCUUCAAAGGGUGAAGGGUUCCGAAGGGUCCAGAUGGAAGACAGCCUUACGGCCAGGCCCAAACAGUUGCCGAAGGAGGCUCCUAUCAAAAUAUCGCCAGCCAGUAAUCCCGAAAAAGAAACACGAUUCUUAGAGCUCGAAGCCAAGAACCUGGAACUUGAGUCUGUCGUUGCUAGGCUGGGGCGAGAAAACCGUCAAUUGGAGGAAUCAAACAAGAAGCUGGUUGUCUGCAACCAAGGAUUGAUUGAUGGCAAUAGGAUGAUACAAACGUCCUUGGAGGAUACGCUCAAAAAGGCCAGGACGAAGCAUUCUGAAGAGCUAGCUGUGGCCGUCGAAAGUAUGAAAUCUGCCGUGGCCGAUAGCAAGACUCUCGUUCAAAAACUGGAUGAGGUAAAGAAUGAAAAUGUCAAAUUGAAAGCAAAGAUCAAGGCUUUGGAGUUAGAGCUGGUCCAGGCCAAUGACUCUUUUGAAGAAAUCAAUCGAAGCAUGGAUGCCAAUGGAAACAUCGGGGCAAUGGCGGCCAAUCGUCGGAUGGCAGCCGGUGGAAAUAAUAUGUUCCCCAUUAUGUAUCCGAUGAUGUAUAUGCCGAUGGCCAACGUCCCUGGUGGCCAAUUCGGUCCCAACCAACCCAUGUGUUUCAUGCCUGUCCCAAUGUCAUCUGAUGCUUUCGGAACACCAUCAAAGUCUGGAGAAGAACCCAAAGAAGAAACACCGGAAUCUAAGUCAAGGGAGUGAGCUAUUACUUUUCUCUGCGAUUGUUGGUCUUGACGAGUUGGCCGCCCAAGUCUUGAAUAUGUAAAAUUAUUCGUGUGAUGUUAUUGUUAGAGCUUGAUGUUCAAGCUAAAUGAAGCGUAUUUUUAUGGACCUGGGUUGUGCCUUUUUCUUAAGCCGUUAAUAAAAAAUCUCGAAAUCA